AAAAAGAAAAGAAACACAACUUGUACAUGCGCACUGCUCUGCCAGGGCGGUGCACAUAGCGCUAGAAAAAGAGUGUUCUGUUCCUGUGUGCUCUUUCGAUCGGAGUGCACAAAGUCCAACCUGCAGGAUGUGGCUUGACGUUUUGUUUUUCUCACUCGUGGGCCAGUUGUGGAUUACUGCUGCAGCCUACAAUGAGGACAUUUUAGUUAUAACAGCUUUACCUGAUAUGAAUAUAACUUUAAACUGCACAGCAAAGAUGAAGCCUGGGCUUCAGUACCAUGCAGUCCGCUGGUACAAGGAGACCGGAGUCCCUCGUCUGAGCGGGCUGGUGUCCAAAGCGCUCCCUGCUGGUCAGAUGAGGUGGUACGUGGACGCAGACACGAGGAUUUCUCUGGAGGAGGGGACUCUGAACCUGCAGCUGCCCACAGUGACCUGCUCAGACCAGGCAGUGUACCAGUGUUACCUGGCUGCACCUGUGGGCGAACAGAACAGAGAGGGACGUGUCCGCCUCAGUGUCACAGGCUGCCCCACCCCUGCCCCCACACCCGGCUUCAUCCCGGACGAGGAGACAAAUAUAGUGGUGUGUCGUUCGCUGGGAAGUCCUCUCAUCCUGUGUGGAGCUGUGGGUCUGCUGCUCUCUGCUCUCCUCCUUUUUCUGCUCAGCUACGUAAGUUCAGCUCCACCUCAAACAAACACUACUAAUACUACGGCCGCUUUAACUAUAAAGUGCUGCUGGAAACACUGA